AUGAUCAUUAAAACCAUCGAUGAAUGUACAUUCUACCCUACAAUGACGAUCAAAGGAGGCACAAGCCAAGCCUGUGCUGCGUGCAAAUACCAAAGACGACGGUGCGCUAAGGACUGCCCUCUCUCUCCCCACUUCCCGGCCGAUCAGCCCAAGAUGUUCCAAAACGCACACCGUUUGUACGGCGUCUCCAACAUAAUGAAGAUCCGAAAGCAAGUUCAUCCCGAGCAACAAAACGAGGCGAUGAGAUCAAUCAUAUAUGAAUCCAACAUGCGUGCCAAAUUUCCAGUCACUGGCUGCAUGGGCAUCAUAAACCAAUUGAACUUCCAAUUACAACAAGCCAUCGAGGAGCUUCGUUAUGUCAGAACACAUCUCGUAAUUUGCAAGGACCAAUGCCAAUAUCGAAUCCCUCCCUCUCCCCCACAUUACUCAUCAUGUCCUUCCUCGCAAUUGCAACUAGGAAUGCCUUCCAACAACGACGCCUCCGCCGCUCUGACAAUUUAUCAGCACCAAUAUCAGUAUGCUUCUGCUGGUGGCGGUGCCGCAGGGAUGUCCUUUGUGGCUAAUGAGUAUCUUGCAAAUGGACUUAGUGCGGUUUAUAUUGACGACAAUGAUGUGGUAAAACCACUUAGGGUUCAACAUCCUUAUUAUAGCGAUAACAAUGUUGAUCAACUUAUGGCUGUUCAGUCUAAUUUGGUUUCCUCACAAGCCUUUCCUAUCCACCAAGAAAUGGAUGUUCCUCACGAUUACGAUGACAUUCCAUUUGAUACAAUUGCUGAUGAUCGGCAAUCGUAUAUCGAAUCCAAAGAAGCCUGUGAGUCAAGUGCUGAAUCAUCGUUCAAGGGUACCACGCAAUCUAUUGAACAGGUGUCACAGAAUGAUCUCAAGAGUGCGGCAGCAUGCUUCAGCCUAACAAGUGUGAAAUAG